CUUGUGACAGUACAUCAAGUAAAAAGUAAUUAGUGAGAGUAGAACAUUACCCGAGAUGUCGGUCAAAACUGUAAAACAGGAUGUGUAUGCUGAGGAACAGAAGGAGGAUAUUGGUGCAGUUGUGCGGCGUAGCAUUGGAAUGCCAGGGGUUGACUACCUGGAUCCUUUUUUGAUGCUUGAUGAAUUUUACAUAACACCACCAGCAGGGUUUCCUGACCAUCCACACCGAGGCUUUGAGACUGUAUCAUAUGUCCUGCAAGGUGCUGGGAUGCAUGAGGACUGUUGUGGUCACAAGGGAACCCUUCAUGCUGGUGAUGUUCAGUGGAUGACUGCUGGUAGAGGGAUUGUCCAUUGUGAGAUGCCCUCUGGUACAGAGGAGGUUCAUGGCCUUCAGCUGUGGGUAAAUUUAGCCAGCAAAGACAAGAUGAUUGAUCCUGCCUAUCAGGAACUCCAAGACAAGGAUAUUCCACGGAACACCAAGGACAACACCACUGUCAAGGUCAUUGCUGGGGAAUCUCAAGGUGUCAAGUCGCCAAUGUUGACAAGAACACAAACAGUGUACUUAGACUUCAAGAUGCAGAAAGAUGGUAAACUGGUUCAGCCUAUUAAGAAAGGGUGGAAUUCAUUUGUCUAUGUACUCAGUGGUAAAGCCUUGUUUGGACCAGAAGGGAAUCAGACCGAGGGAUGCCCUCACCAUGCCCUCAUUCUCAAUGAUGAAGGGGAAAACUUAGUUGCAGUAAACAAGGGACCAGAGGAAUGUCAUUUUGUGUUAAUAGGUGGUCAGCCUUUAGGUGAACCAGUUGCUACCCAUGGUCCGUUUGUAAUGAAUACUGAAGAGGAGAUCCAACAAGCCAUUCUGGACUACAAGCUGAAACAAAAAGGAUUUGAAGUCGCUAAAACUUGGAAGUCAGACUACCUAACAAAUCGGUGAUGUUUUUGUAAUUAGGUAGUGUGUCUAAUGUUGAGAAUUGACCGUGAUAUAUUAUAGAAUGUGCUUUUGAAUGCUAUGUUGGAUGUUGAUAUUAACUUGUAUAAAUUCACUACAGGGUACUGUAAUAAAUGAUGUAUGGGUCAAAGUCAUAAUGUACUGUUUAUGCUGACAUACACCUGAUGUUGUGGGUGUGUUUGAAGUGGGUUAUGCUAAUGAGCAGCAUAACGGUAUCAGAUAUAGGUAGACCUAUUUGACAGUCAUAGAUUUACAGCUAGAUAAAUAUGAUGUGUGUGGGGUUACACCCUAUUCUAAAACUUAUGUCGUUUUAUUACAAAUGUGUUGUUUCAUUUGAUACCAGUGAUUAUAAAUGACUUCUAAAGCUCAGAAUUUUCUUGAUCUAAAAGUAUAUGAAAUGUGAUUUGGAAGGA